AUGUCUCAUCUCGAACACAUUCAGGACGACCUGCACCACAAGGUCGUUGCCUUUGGUAUCGACAAUCUACCCAGGUUUGCGAAGUACCUGCCGGACACCGAUUGCGAUGCACCUUAUUUCCCCUUGGUUGAAAAGAUCAGGGUGAAUGUCUACAAUGCUUUGAGAAGCCACGGCACGGACGCCCGUGUGCAGACGUUCUUGGGUUACGAAGGCUGCACUUUUACCCAGGAAGAAUGGGAUACUGCCUGCAAGGAUUACAAUGACUACAUCGAAGGAAAUCAUACCGCCGCAGAGAGUGAGACGAUCAAGGAGAACUUGAAGUUGAUGACUGAAAGUGUCUUCGCGUUGAUCCAUUCUAUCCAGGCGGCGCAAGAUCGUAAGGCGAGCACACGAAGCGGGAGUAGUAGCAAGCGAGACUCGACCUUGUAUGGCCAUGAUCCCAUGUCCACGACUGGAACUGGCAGCAUUGACACACAAUGCAAGAUGACUGCGCUUGACCGACUUGGUCGCACAUGA